CCGGCUGUGUAGUACGUGUGCUUCACACAGCCGCCAGUGAGCUAACUCACUAACUAACGCUACAGCUGGACUGAUUUCACAACGAUGGUGCUGCUUGAAAACGACUCGUUCCUCACAGAGCUCACACGGCUGUUCCAGAAGUGCAGAACAUCUGGCAGUGUUGUCAUCACUCUAAAGAAAUAUGACGGGAGGACCAAGCCGGCGCCUAGAAAGGGCCACUCAGAGUCGUUUGAGCCAGCAGACAAUAAAUGUCUCAUCAGAGCGUCUGAUGGCAAGAAGAAAAUUAGCACAGUGGUCAGCACCAAAGAAGUAAUCAAGUUUCAGAUGGCAUACUCCAACCUCCUUAGAGCUCACAUGGAUGGACUUAAGAAGAAAGAUAAGAAAAGCAAAAGCAAGAAAACCAAAGCCACCCAAUGAGCAAUAGACUCUUAAGAUGACCAUGGGUACCUAAACUGGCCAGUACCAUCUGAGGGCAUGGGGAGAUGGCUUCACUUGGUCUGCAGUCCCACCCAGCCAUUCCCCCCAGUUUACCUGAGGCCUCAGAAUCACUGUUCAUCUACCUGGUGACUGCUUUGAUUUUUUGCCAUUGUUUGCAUGGUAAUGUCUCCUCCCUGGCCGCUCAGUGCCAGCGGUGAUUUGGAACAGAGAAGCUGAGGAUUUCUUCUAUCCCAAACGAAGCAAGCCAACUUUAUUGAAACUCCACCAAAUCUGCUUCGGAAACAGGUUAUCAACAGCUGUCUCAGCUCUGGAGCCAAAUCCACGGAGUACAAUGAUUAACUGCCUUUCAUAUUAUUUAAUUGUAAGAGUCCCUAUUUAUGUUAUAUUCAUGGCUGACCAGUGAGUUUUGUUGGCUUGUUUCAAAUCAACUGUACUAAGAGGGAUGUUUAAUUUUUUGUUUUUUUCCAGAAACGUCAAAAUUUCAGCAAAGGUGCUUGAAAAGAGAACUAAAUCAUAUCUGUUUUGAUAUAUUUUUAACCAAUUUCAUUUUAACAUUGCUCGAUAUUGGGGAUAAAACUUUAUUUUAUGUCUUAAUUUUACCCUCUAAAAGACAAUAUUAUGUUUGCUCCUUGUCCAAACCAAGCUGUCAAACUGGCUGUCUGGAAUUGUUAAACACCAAUAAAGGUAGAGCUUCAGUUAAUGUGGCUUCAGUUCAUCUGAAUGCGAAUGAGAUACUGUUUCUAAAUGUCAUGAUUGAGUUAAAUAGCACAAAAAAGUUGAAAGUUGUAGAUUUACUGAAAGGCAUGUUUGAGUUAUGAAUACAGAGACAAAGUAUUGGCUGUAAGUCUAAUUACAUCAUUUCUGUUGAUCACAAUUACAAGGCAGCAUGUUUGGUCAACAUUUGUUUUGUCAUGCGUCUGAGUCCUGACCUCACGGAAGAGGACUGCGGUGGAAUUUACGUUCAGAAAUAAAGUGCUUUUUAAAUGUCA